GUGUCGUGUGGGGCAGGCUGUGGGAGGCUGUUGUGUGUGGGAGGGUCCCUGUGUCUGGGUCGCUGUGCCCGGCGGGUGAUGUCUGGCUGUGCCCGGUGCCCAGGGCCUGGCGCUGGCUGCUCCGUGUGUGUGGGGAGAAGCUCGGGGCCCGGCUCUAGUCUAGGGGAUGUUUUGCCUACAGGGGGAGAGGGGGGCCCCGCCGCAGGCUCUGGUCACCCUUGCAAAGGGCUCUGGGGCCACCCUGGGGGCCGGUGGGGGCCGCGCCCUGCCCUGCGCCCUGGCCGGGUCUGUGUGUAUGAUGGGCAUGUGGUGGCAUGGCCUAGUCAUGUUACAUGGGUGCUCCGUCCUGCCCACUGGGCCUGGCCCAGCCCAGCUCGGGGUGUCUUUGUCUAAUGCAAGUCCUGCGGGCAUCUCUGCCAGUGGCAGGGGAAGCCCCAGUGCAUGCUGGGUACACUCUGUGUGCCAGGGCUGGGGGGCAUUCGAACAGACGAGCAGGGUGGAUGCACAGGGUCAGGCCGCGCCAGCGGGUGCCAGGGAGGAGGGACAAAACGGGGCAGGAGCGGGGCAGCUGGAGAGCAAAGGGACUUGCACGGCCCAUAAUGCACCUCUCCAGAGGGCCCCCACCACGGAGAUGCUGUGCCCCGGGCUGGGGCCUUGUUCUCCCCCAGACCCAUCUCCUGUUGACGCCUGCCCUGGGAAAGUGGCACCUGCCACGGCACCAGGCCGUCCCCCACUCUGGUCUCAGGAUGAGGAGCUUGUUGCUGGCGUCUCUGCUGCUGGCCGUGACUCCUGGCUGGGCCGCGCCCAAGGACAGCGUCAACAGGUCUGAGCGCCCUGCUGCGGAGCCUGUUCCCAACCUUCUGCACCCCGAGCCGGAGGAGCUGCGCUGGGAUUGUGUUUCCCAAUGUGCGUUACUUUACAUUUACCAACACCAAAUUUCCUCUGCCAUCUUGUUGCCCAGUCACCCAGUUUUGUGAGAUCCCUUUGUAGCUCUUCGCAGUCUGCCUGGGAUGUAACUAUCUUGAGUAGGCUGCUGCAGAGCUACCUGCAAAGCGUCCGGCAGAUGGCCCAGGACCCCGCUCACAUGACGAGAGAGCAGGUGCUGCUCUACCUCUUCGCGCUACACGACUACGACAGGACUGGGCAGCUGGACGGGCUGGAGUUCAUGCAGCUGCUGCUGGACGUGAUAGCCCAGCACGCCCAGGGGCAGCCCUCUCCCGACGCGGUGAUCGUGGUGGUAGACGGGAUCCUGGAGACUCAGGACCUGAACAGGGACGGGUUACUGAACCCCUCGGAGCUCCUGCUGCCCCCAGCCCAGAGCCAGCCUCCCCUGCCAGCCCAGACUGAGGCCCCCGAUGGAGAAGGGGUUGUGCAGUGGGCAGUUGAGGAGCCAGAGCAACCUGCCACGGCCCUAGCGCUCGCAGGCGCCCAGGGGGCAGCAGACCCCAGUGUGGAGCUCCCAGAGGCAGCAGGGCCCUUAGCCGAGGAGCUGGAGGCUAGGGGUCUCUUGCUGAGCCAGACGGGGACAGAGGUGGCUCAGCCCGAAGAGGAGGCUGCCAAGGAGUCUCCAGGGGCCCCGGCCGGGGCCCCCAAUGCAGAGAUCUAGGCCCCCAGCCUAGAUCCACGGCAAGCUCAGGGCACUGCCGGGGCAGAUCAGAGCUGGCACGGGGAAUGCAGGUGCGGGGGCUGCUGUGCACAGAGAAACUGAGGUGGUGGAGGGGAAACGUCUGCCAGGGACCCCCCCACACACCCUGGGUCUGGCUGUGAGUGGUGCCAGGGGGGUGGGGUGGCGAGGGGCUGCCUCCCUCCCCACCCCUGGGGAAAGUAGCUGCGCUCAGCCCUGCCUAGCCUGCCUGGGCCCCAGGGGGGCAAUUCCUGUGGGGAGCGUGUGAGACAACCCCUCAGGACAAGGGGCCGUAGGUGCCUGACCCCUAAUUGGGCUGGGGGACCCAGGAGCCACCCCGGGAGCUGCAGGCACAGCAUCAAAGCAGGGUUACCCUGGCCAGCUCUGAACUGUCCCCCCACUUGGCCCCCAAGAGCAGCAGAAGCUGGCUGCCUGGAUAGAGGGGCCGGGGGGGAGGGGGGGCACUGGGACAUGUGCAAUCGAUCAUGUAACUUACACUUUGAAGAGAGAAAAAUAUACAUUGAGCCCCAGGG